CUCCUCUUUCUCCCUCCUACAAUUCUCCCUUUGUAAUAAACCCUCCUCCCCUUGCGCGAAACUUUGCCUGAACCCCACCAACCAGCAGUGCUGCAAUUCUUUUGACAACUCAAAUACACAUUUUUGUUGGGACACACAAAACAUGGCCGACGGCAGUGUUAUGCCCCCCAAGUCCUCCGUGGUGGUCGAGGCCCACGAAGUCGACACCUUCCAUGUCCCCGAAGCAUUCCACCAGAAGCACCCGACAGGUACCCACCUGAAAGACCUUGACGAGUACCGGAAGCUCUAUGAGGAGUCCAUCCGCAGCCCAGACACUUUCUGGGCUCGUAUGGCCCGCGAACUGCUUCACUUCGACCAAGACUUCCAGACCACCCACAGUGGGUCGUUGGAAAAUGGCGACAAUGCCUGGUUCGUUGAGGGUCGUCUGAACGCCUCCUACAACUGCGUCGAUCGCCAUGCCUUCAAGAACCCCGACAAGGUGGCCAUUAUCUACGAGGCCGAUGAGCCCAGCGAGGGCCGCACAAUCACCUACGGUGAGCUCCUGCGCGAGGUGUCUCGUGUUGCCUGGGUUCUCCGCCAGCAGGGUGUGAAGAAGGGUGACACCGUUGCUAUCUACCUUCCCAUGAUCCCCGAAGCCAUUGUCGCUUUCUUGGCUUGCUCUCGUAUCGGUGCCGUCCACUCCGUUGUUUUCGCCGGUUUCUCCUCCGACUCUCUCCGGGACCGUGUCCUGGACGCUGGCUCCAAGGUCGUCAUCACGACCGAUGAGGGCAAGCGUGGAGGAAAGGUCAUUGGCACCAAGCGCAUUGUCGAUGAGGCUCUGAAGCAGUGCCCCGAUGUCACCAGCGUCCUGGUCUACAAGCGCACCGGCGCGGAGGUUCCCUGGACCAAGGGCCGUGAUGUCUGGUGGCACGAGGAGGUCGAGAAGUACCCCAACUACCUUGCUCCUGAGCCGGUGAACUCGGAAGAUCCUCUCUUCUUGCUCUACACCUCCGGAUCCACCGGAAAGCCCAAGGGUGUCAUGCACACCACGGCUGGUUACCUCCUGGGUGCUGCCAUGACCGGCAAGUAUGUCUUUGAUAUUCACGACGAUGACCGCUACUUCUGCGGUGGUGACGUUGGCUGGAUUACCGGCCACACGUAUGUCGUGUAUGCGCCCUUGCUGCUCGGAUGCUCUACCGUGGUCUUCGAGAGUACCCCGGCUUACCCCAACUUCUCCCGCUACUGGGACGUGAUCGAGAAGCACAAGGUGACCCAAUUCUACGUUGCCCCCACUGCCCUGCGACUUCUGAAGCGGGCUGGUGACGAGCACAUCCACCACAAGAUGGCACACCUGCGUGUCCUGGGCUCUGUCGGUGAGCCUAUUGCUGCCGAGGUCUGGAAAUGGUACUUCGAGGUUGUCGGAAAGGAAGAAGCCCACAUCUGCGAUACCUACUGGCAGACUGAAACGGGUUCGAAUGUUAUCACUCCUCUGGGUGGUAUCACCCCGACGAAACCCGGAAGCGCGUCGCUUCCCUUCUUUGGUAUUGAGCCCGCCAUCAUUGACCCGGUCUCUGGUGAGGAGAUUACUGGCAACGAUGUGGAGGGUGUGCUUGCCUUCAAGCAACCCUGGCCGAGCAUGGCCCGUACCGUGUGGGGCGCCCACAAGCGCUACAUGGAUACCUACCUGAACGUUUACAAGGGCUACUACUUCACUGGAGAUGGUGCCGGCCGUGAUCACGACGGAUACUACUGGAUCCGGGGUCGUGUUGACGAUGUGGUUAACGUUUCUGGACACCGUCUGUCCACGGCUGAAAUUGAAGCCGCCCUCAUUGAGCACCACAUGGUGGCUGAAGCUGCUGUUGUUGGUAUUGCCGACGAGCUUACCGGUCAGGCCGUCAACGCUUUCGUGGCCCUGAAGGAGGGCAACGAGACCAGCGACCAGGUCCGCAAGGAUCUGAUCAUGCAGGUUCGUCGGUCCAUCGGACCUUUCGCUGCCCCCAAGGCCGUCUACGUUGUCGAGGAUCUCCCCAAGACCCGUAGCGGUAAGAUCAUGCGCCGUAUUCUCCGGAAGAUCCUGAGCGGCGAGGAGGACAGCCUGGGUGACACUUCUACUCUGUCGGACCCUUCGGUUGUUGACAAGAUCAUUGCCACGGUGCAUGCUGCCCGCGGCAAAUAAGAUCUUCGCAUGACCCGAAUUCAAGACGAGCGAUAUUCACAGCCAUGAAAUGAAAGCGAUUAAUCAGGAUGUUAUGAUGAGUUGAUUAGCAUUAUUGGGUGGACACAGUUGUCCGGAGGCGCAGUCAUAUUCCUAUAAACCCCGUUUAGUGAUUCCCAACGUGUUUGAGAGAUGAACAUUAAGGUGAUCGCUGAUCACUUUUUCAAUAUACAUAACUUCUAUUCUUCAUACGAAUUGAUUUUUUUGUUGUCCAAUGUAACUUGGGGUGUUCCUUCACAUGACAGCACUGGU